GAAUGGCAACACUGAUGUGGAUGGGCAAGUGCUUCUGUCUGAGCAUGUCUAUCAUGCUACUGAGCUGGAACACUUGGAGUCAGCCUUGGAAGUUUGUUUGGCGCAUGCCUUGAUUACUGAGAGAGAAGAGGUGAUGGGCACCUUGGACCAAGCGAAUGGACCUGGCAUGGCGCAUUGGACAGAAAUUCCUGCAG